CAACGAAAGGAAGGAGACAGUACGGAAGUGAUGUCUUUGGGUUGGAGGGUGUGUUGCAUCACAUGAUUGUCAUUUGUCAGUAAAACAUGUCUUUCUUUGGAGGAAAUCCAUUCGCUUCGCCCGUUGGGCAAAGAAUAGAACAAGCCACAGAUGCUUCCCUAGCGUCAGAAAACUGGGCAUUGAACAUGGAAAUAUGUGACAUUAUUAAUGACACAGAAGAUGGGCCCAAAGAUGCAAUAAAAGCUAUCAGAAAACGCCUAACACAAAAUGCUGGGAAAAACUACACUGUGGUUAUGUAUACCCUUACUGUAUUGGAAACGUGUGUCAAGAAUUGUGGGAAACGAUUUCAUAUUUUGGCAUGCAAUAAGGAGUUUGUUCAGGAGCUAGUCAAACUUAUAGGUCCAAAGAAUGAUCCUCCAACAGUUGUUCAAGAAAAAGUGCUUAGUCUGAUUCAAAGCUGGGCUGAUGCAUUCCGUAAUCAAACAGAAUUAUCAGGUGUGGUGCAAGUUUACCAAGAUUUGAAACAGAAAGGAAUCGAGUUCCCAAUGACUGAUCUAGAUACAAUGGCUCCCAUUCUUACACCACAGAGGAGCGUUCCAGAUGCAGAAGUUGCAGUGGGUGUGCCAGCUGUCCCAACUCAUGUGUCAACAUCACCGAUACCUGUUGUGUCACCGCAUGUGGCACCCCCAGGGUCCCCCGCCACCCCUGCUACUCAGGUGGGACCUACUGUCCUUACUUCAGACCAACUUGGCAAACUGCAGAGUGAACUGGAUGUGGUGCAGGGAAACAUGGUGGUUCUGAGUGAGAUGCUGACUGAACUCACUCCUGGCAAAGAACAUCCAAGUGAUCUGGAAUUGUUGCAGGAGCUUCACAGCACAUGUCAGAGCAUGCAGCACCGUCUUGUGGAGCUCAUAGGGAAGUUAGCAAAUGAUGAGAUAACUGCAGAACUCCUUCGAGUUAACGAUGAAUUAAAUAAUUUGUUUUUAAGAUAUAAUAGGUUUGAAAAUAACCGUGAGGCUAGUCUCCAGACUGUCAAGGCCCCAGCAUCUCAAGUUGUGAUAGCAAAUCAGAAGGCUGCUGUAGAAGCUGGAGGUGACUCUUUGAUAGAUCUAAGUGAUGAUGGAGCCCCUGUUAUUGGUGCCACAGGAACUGCUGCUGUUCCUGGCCUUAACACCAAACUUGCUGGACUUAGUUUAGGGAGUGGUAAUGCAGCGGCACAGCUGACUAUGAUUAGCAGCGUUCCAGCCCAACAAGGGUCACAGCAGAAGGAAAAAGAAGAUACAGACUUUGAUAUGUUCGCUCAGUCCAGAAAUGUCACGUAUGAGUCUUCCAAAACAGGUGGCAGCACAUAUCAAGAUAACUUGGAACCAGAUCAGUUGAAUGCACCAUUAGGAGCCAUCGCCCAGAAUCGGACGCAAGCAGUUGUGAAGUGUCUGGAGCGUGAAGCUAACAAUUCACAUCUGUCAUCCACCCACUACUGAUGUCUGGAAUACAUGGACGUUUGCCAGCAUGUCCCCUAUGUGCACUCAUGGCAUAGUUUAAUAGGCACAUGGGCAACUUCAAGUUUGGCUACUAACAGCAAUUCUUUGAAGUAGGAAUAAUAUCAGAAGACUGCAUGAUGCUAUAGCUUGUUUAAUGGUUAUAAAUAGAUCUGAUGCUCAGAUAGUGUUCAUUGGACAAACAACAUGAGUUUUCAAUAGAAAAUGAUCAGUAUUUUGGGAAUUGUUGGUUGUGUCGCUGGUAUUUGUUAAAUUCUUGUUGCUGUUCUUAUAUAUAGAGUGGUUUAUUACUUAGUUUACAGCCUUAUUACUGCUGCUUCAUAGAGGGUGACACCAGAAGUGGUGAUAGCCCAGUACCACAAUGUCUGAUUGAGGGUUUUGUCUGCUCAGAAAUGUUAUAUCCUCCAACCUUCAAGGAUAUUAUUUCAGACAGGCAUAACGAGCUCUGUGAUGCAAGUUGGGAAGUUCACAUUCUGUGUAUCUAGAAUAAAUUAGAAUUUUGAUCUGUAAAUACUGUAUCUAGGUUGUGUGAAUUAUUUCUGUAGACUUUCUGCUUCAGGUCUCCCCCCAGAUAAAAAUUGCGCACAUCCAGCUGCAGAGAAUGUGGCUGCCAAAUCCUUUACUCGUUAUUUUUUCAUUCAGAACAGUAUUUGGCAUCAGCGCUGAAUUUUGUGUGAUGUAUGUUGCAUCUUACUCAAAAUAUUUAUAAUUAAUUCUCAACUAGACAUGUUUAUCCAUUAUGGUUGGACACCACAAAUGCAGUAAAUGCUCAGAGUAAUGGCCGUAAACAAAUGUUGAGUGAUUCACAGAAGUGAACUGCACAGUUCUUAUGUCAGUUUAUGUUAAUGCAUGACUCAUACUCUAAUGUUCAAGAAUUGAAUGACUUUUAUUAGUGAGGAAGCAUUGACAAAGUCCUGCAGAAAUAAUUCACAUACUUUGGAUGCUUAGAGAUUAAAAUCUGAAAUGUUCUUCUAUAAAUCACAGAAGGUGAACUUCACUGUGUCAGAGAUUUUGUUAUGUAAUUGCAAAUUUUUCUUGGGUGUUUGAGGACAUGUUUUUCAAUAUCUAUUGCACUGUCAAAUUAGUAAUGUGGCUUUACUAGAAACUUUUUGAGCAUGGAUGGAAACUUCAAUUAGAUUGUGUGAUGGUGUGUUAUCUGUCCACUUGCUGGUGUCUUGCUAUUUGAACAGGAGCUUUAAAGCCAUAAAUGAAUGUACAGUUUUGUAUAUAAAACACCCAACAUUGAACUUCAGUUAUCAUUUUACAUGAAUUUUGCAAUACCAGUACAAUUUUAUAUAUAAAGAAAUGUCAAUUAGAUGAAAACAUGUUUCAUACCUGAAUCUUAGUCACUAAUGUGAUAAAAAUAGUAUGUGUUGCACAUUUUCUUCAUUCUUGAAGAUUUCUGUCUUCUGGGUUGCGCUGUGUA